UGAUACUGUUGUGAGCUGAAAUAAUUUAGUCUCCUAACAAGAAAUCUUAUCUUGCCAAGACACUCACUUUUCCCCUCACUGCUAUUCCUUACGUUACAGACACAGUCAUGUCUCUUCUCCGUUGCAAGCUCCCUCCUUUCUCACUUUCUUCUAUAAACCCUAAUCCCAUUUUCACUCCAACUCUCCAUUUUCGGUCUCCCCAAACACUCCGAAUCCUCUGCGGAGCCAAACGAACCGGCAAAAAAAGAUACCCAUCAGAGAAAAAGAAGGUUAAAUUGAAGCAUAAACAAACCCUCCAAAUUGAGGAGGUCAAGGACAAGUUUGAUGGCAUUUGGAGACUUUCCAAGCUUUCUGUUUCAGUUGAGAACGACCCUGGCAAAGAUUUUCUUGGUGUCUCUGACGGCUUGCUUCAAGCCAUUGCUAAGGCUAUCGAAUUCCCUGUGGCUUCUAUGCUUCCACCAGAAGCAUUUACUGUUUUUAGGAAGUCUUUUGAUGCUAGAAAGAUGACAAAGGAACCCAAGUUUGUUUACACUGUGGAUAUGGAUGCCAGUAAACUUUUUACUCUAGAGCCUCGCACUCAAGAAUUCAUUUCCGAUUUAAAGCCUAAAGUUGGAUUUGUAGAAUAUUUGCCUCAAGAAAGAGUCUCCGGUGAUUUGCUCAACAUUAUAAACGGUUGUGAAAAGGUAAAAAAUGAAAAACCAUCUGAAAAUAAUGGGUCUAGCAUUUCCUCCAGCUCUGCGGACACUUUCAAGUACCAAACAAUUAGAAAGCCCAAAAUUGCAGUUGUAGGGAGUGGACCAUCUGGGUUGUUUGCUUCUCUUGUUCUUGCAGAACUUGGUGCAGAUGUUACCUUAGUAGAAAGAGGUCAGCCUGUUGAACAAAGAGGACGUGACAUUGGUGCUUUAGUGGUUCGGCGGAUUUUAGAACUGGAGAGCAACUUUUGCUUUGGGGAGGGCGGUGCAGGUACUUGGAGUGAUGGAAAGCUAGUAACUAGAAUUGGAAGGAACAGCAACAGUGUAUUAGCUGUUAUGAAAACAUUAGUUCAGUUUGGUGCUCCACAAAAUAUAUUGAUUGAUGGGAAGCCUCAUCUGGGAACAGAUAAGUUGGUUCCGCUGCUUCGCAACUUUAGGCAGCAUCUAGAAAGGCUGGGUGUUUCUAUAAAGUUUGGCACUAGGUUGGAUGAUUUAAUGAUUGAGAAUGGACAUGUUGUGGGGAUAAAAGUUUCUCAUUCAAAAGACAUAUUGCCGAAUGACGGCCAGAAGCUGGGGUAUGAUUCGGUAAUACUGGCAGUGGGGCAUUCUGCACGUGACAUAUAUCAAAUGCUUCUUUCCCAUAGUAUUCACAUGGUCCCAAAAGAUUUUUCGGUCGGUUUGCGCGUUGAGCAUCCUCAAGAGCUAAUAGACAAGAUACAGUAUGCUGGGUUGGCGUCUGAGGUUCGUAGGGGACGUGGGAAAGUUCCUGUUGCAGAUUACAAGAUUGCUAGUUAUAUUAGUGGAAAAGAUGUGAACAUGUCUUCAAAUUCAGGGGCUGAAAGUCGCAGUUGCUAUUCUUUUUGCAUGUGCCCUGGCGGACAGGUUGUUCUUACCAGUACAAACCCAUCAGAACUAUGCAUCAAUGGUAUGUCAUUUUCUCGUCGAGCUUCCAAGUGGGCAAAUGCGGCACUUGUUGUCACUGUCUCGACGCAGGAUUUUGAGGCAUUGAAUUUGCAUGGACCACUUGCUGGGGUUGAAUUCCAGAGGGAAUUUGAGCGAAGAGCAGCUGUAAUGGGAGGUGGAAAUUUUGUGGUGCCUGCGCAGACAGUUACUGAUUUUCUGGCAAAUAAAUUAUCAGAAACAUCGUUGCCGCCAUCAAGCUAUCGCUUAGGAGUAACGGCAGCCAAUCUUCAUGAGUUGUUUCCCUCUCACAUCACAGAUGCUCUGCAGCAUUCAAUCUUGAUGUUUGACAAAGAGUUACCAGGAUUUAUAUCCGAGAAUGCCAUUCUUCACGGGGUAGAGACUAGAAGUAGUUCUCCUGUUCAGAUAUCUCGGAACAGUGACACUUAUGAGAGUAUGUCCUUGAGAGGGCUCUAUCCAAUCGGUGAAGGAGCAGGUUACGCUGGCGGCAUUGUUAGUGCUGCAGUUGAUGGCAUGCAUGCAGGAUUCGCUGUGGCGAAAAAGUUUGGUCUGUUCCUCGGCGACAUAGAGUCGGUUUUGGGGAAGGCUCAGGGUGCUGGAUUGGUGAAGUACUAAAACUGUUUCGGUUUUUGGUAUCAUCCAGAUACAUCUGGACACCAAUCUGAAUCUGGCAAAACACAACGGCACAAGAUACACAAGUUAGAAAUUCUCGCCAUGCUGCGAAACAUAGGAGGUUCGUCGUGCAACUUUAUGAGCAUGUCGAUUAUAGUGUCUAAUUUUGAUUUUCUACGAGCACAGAUUAUUAUCACCAGAUGCUGACCAUGGUUGACAAAUAAAUCGUCUUCAUUUAAAGUUUGAAGACAAUGCAAAUUUUGUUUUCACCAGAAGCUUACGGAUGCUUUUCCAUUGUCCGCGACCAAGUGCAAAGAGGCGCCUAUGUGUGAUUCUGGCCAUACAAGCGCAGUUGACGGGUUUGACAUGGUUGUUCUUGUUUAGCAUUAUCCCUGAAGUGGGUUGAUUGAUUGAAAUCAUGUGAUGCUAAUAUUGUAAAGAAACUGUUCUAUCUGAUUAUUAGAAAAGCUGUUAAGGAGUACUGUUAGAUUUGAACAUUCCUGACAUAUCUUAAAUCAGGUUGUGAUGUAAAUAUUAUCAUCGGAUAAUUAAGUCUAUGAUUUUCCAUUUUUUGGGAUGUUAUGUGAAAGAACUAUAAGGAUA